AUUUCUUCACCCCCUCAUCCCAAAAUUGAAAAACCCCUAAAUCCCCUCUCAAUUCAAAACCCUAAACCUCGCAAGUCCACCGGCGGCAAGGCCCCAAGGAAGCAGCUAGCCACCAAGGCCGCCCGCAAGUCCGCUCCGGCGACCGGCGGCGUCAAGAAGCCCCACCGGUUCCGCCCCGGCACCGUCGCUCUCAGGGAGAUCCGGAAGUACCAGAAGAGCACUGAGCUCUUGAUCCGCAAGCUCCCGUUCCAGCGUUUGGUCCGCGAGAUCGCCCAGGAUUUCAAGACCGAUCUCAGGUUCCAGAGCUCCGCCGUCGCCGCUCUUCAGGAGGCGGCCGAGGCUUACCUCGUCGGGCUGUUCGAGGACACCAAUCUUUGCGCGAUUCAUGCGAAGAGGGUGACGAUCAUGCCGAAGGACAUCCAGCUCGCGAGGAGGAUUCGUGGUGAGAGGGCUUGAUGGGCGUUGGGCUUGUGUUUAGGCGUUUUAUGUUUUGCGCUCUUAGGUUUAAAAUUUGGUAGGCUUGGUGUUAUCUGGUGUUGUCGUUGGUGAUUGUGUAAAAAUGCUGUGUUUGAAAUAUAUGAUGAAAUGCUAGCUUAAUUCUCAGUUUGUUUCCCAUUUUUAGUAAUGCCAGCUAAAUUUCCAGUGUUUGUCU